CCUGUCUUGGCAGUUGUGCACGUGGUGUGUGAGCAGCACGUGUGAUCCCGGUCUCUCUCUCUCUCUCCCGGCAUUCAUUGCGCAGCGACCGCCAGCAUGAGCUCAAUCCUGGAAGACAGCCUGGAGGAGCUCCCUAGACCGGCCAUAGAGAGCUUCCUGUUCGGAUGUGAAUUGUCAUCAAAAACAAAACGUUACACGUUCGAGGUGGAUGAAGAGGAUGAAUGUGAACACAGCCUGUCCUUGCACACUAUUAGUCUGGGAGCAGAUGCCAAGGACGAGCACAAUAUCAUUGAAGUAGUUGCCCGGAAUUAUGAGAAUAAAGAAAUUACAGUUCCUGUAGCCAACUUGAAGCUCUCGUGUCAGACGAUGGUUAAUGUCGAACAGUUUGAGCUCCAGCCUCCUGUGACCUUUUGUUUGAAGUCUGGUUCUGGUCCAGUUUUUCUUUCUGGGCGCCAUGUGAUUGCAUCCAGUGCGUUUUCUGAAGAUGACGAAGAGGAGGAGGAUGAUGAUGAUGACGAUGAGGAUGAUGAAGACGACGACGAUGACGACGACGACGAUGAUGAUGACGAGGAGGAAGAAGAUGAAGAGGUUGUUGCCAUUAAACCAGCCAACAAAAAAAUGAGAAAGUGAAGCUGCGUUUUUGGAAUUUUCUCCAGUUUUCACACACUUUCAAUACCUGAAGAAACUGUUAAACAGCCUCUAGUUGGUCCUGGAGGUUCCUGCACAAAUGUGGAACAACGUCAUUUAAGUCUUUAAAAUGGGCAGGUGUCUCGUCUACUCUCCAUGAUUUAUGCUGCUCCCUCAUUAAGCGUAACCUCGUUAAUGAGUCUACAGUGCCUAUUACCAAAUGAAUCUUAUUUUUAUACUUGCAGAGUUUUAUGAGCUGCGUUAUUACAAUAGUUUGAAGAGAGUAGUGUUUACGGACGACAUAUAUUUUAAAAUAUUGGUGCUUUUAUUAAUUCAUGACAUCUCCAGCUAGGCCCUGUUCUUGUAAGAUUGUUGAAUGCCGUAAUUUGCCCCUAUCUUUUCAAUUGUUCUUCGUGAGCAUCAGCAUCAAUCCAUUAAAAUUUUCUAUCAAAUCACAGCAGGAAUAUGGAGUGUUUGUUUCCAACCGUAGUUGUCAUGGAGCCCAAUAAAUGUUUUCAUUGUUGUGGCA